AUAUCCCUAGUUUUUAAACGUCAAUGCUUGAAUAUCUGGUUGCCAGUUUACUUCAUUCCAGCGCCUUCACCCCUAACAACGACAUACACAAAAAAUAUAGUUUUCAUAUAAUCGAUUCUUAAGCUUUAGCAGACUAAAAUGAGUGAGGAAGAGGCACCUGCUGAGGGAGGUGUGGAGUCCCCAGGAGCAGGAUCGCCCGCAGAGGCUGCAGCACCGCCCCCAGAUACCACCACCGCUGAGCCCGUGGAUACGACCACUUCAGGAGCCCGUAUGAUGAUGACCCACCCGUGGUUGGCGGCCGCCGCGGUGGCCGUCUAUGCCACCAAGGUCCUGUGGGUCAAGUUCCGCGAGCUCGGCCUGGCCAAGCAGAAAACGCGGCUGAAAAAUCAAAACAAGAAGUCGAAACCUCUGAGGGAUAUCGAAGGAAAUAGUUCUGAAUCGGAGUCUGAGGCUGAGACUGAUGCAGAGGACGAAGGCGCACCCGAUAUGCAAAACGCCCAGGGAGUGAACCUUCAGUUGGUAACCCCACUAAAUCUGGUGAAUCCCACCCCAUCCAGUUGGGAGAAAUCGUUCAAUUGAAGGUUCUUCUGCUGACUUUUGACACUCGAGAUCGGGGAUGAAAGACCAUACACAAUAGCACACUAUACGGACACUAAUUGUUGUAAUGCUUGCCAGUUAUAAAGGGGAGGAUCGAGCCACUCCUUCGGAAGAAUGUACACUAAUUUAAUUUUUAAUUGUAAGCGGUUUGCUGUAAAUGCUGCGAGGGAAAAGCGAAUAAGCUUUUUAUAUUAAAAAUGCGAAUGGACUAA